ACAAAUAUCUCAAAGAACUUUCUCUUUUUAUCUUUCUAUAAUUUUGUUUUUUUUUCCAAAUAUUGUUCUUCCUUUUUCGGGGGUUUGGAUUAAACAAUGCAAUCCACCACCCACCACCCUCACCAACCUUUAUAAAUAAGGCUCAUGAAGCCUCAGACUCCAACCAAGGAAGUAGGAAGAGUACUUUUGCUAGGGUUUUAGUGCAUUCAGCCCAAGUGAUCAUUUUUCUGCGUUCUUGAGAGUACUGCAUUUCUUGGGUUUCUCGGCUGAAAGAAAACUAGGGUUUCUGUGAUGGAUAGGGUGGAGGAGUUGGCGAGGAAGAAUGCUGCAGUGAUUUUCACCAAGAGCUCAUGCUGCAUGUGCCACAGCAUCAAGACACUGUUCUACGAUCUGGGUGCGAGCCCUGCGAUUCAUGAGCUCGAUAAGGACGCUAGAGGAAGGGAAAUGGAGUGGGCUUUGCGGCGGAUAGGGUGCAACCCCUCCGUCCCUGCUGUGUUUGUAGGCGGAAAAUUUGUUGGGUCUGCUAAAGAUGUGAUUACCAGCCAUGUUGAUGGGUCUCUAAAGCAAAUGCUCAUUGCAGCCAGAGCCAUCUGGUUCUAGCGCAGCCUUGGAAAAAAAGCUCUAUAGCAUCUACGGCUAAUGUUGUAUAUUACCACAAAGCUCCAUACCAUGUUAAGAGCAGCAUUGUAGAAGGGGUAUAUCUUCUUUUAAUUUUCUUUUUCUUUGUUCUCCUGGAGUUUGGUGACUCUGUUGUAUGAAGUCACUGAUACUAAAAUAGCCUGAGGCUUUUCUUAAGCUUUAACA